AUGCCAAAGGUUAAAUUUGUAGGUUAUUACGCUGUCCGUCUCGGUCAUAAACCGGGUAUUUACGUGUCUUGGGAUGAUUGUAAAAGACAAAUUGAUAAAUACCCAAGUGCUGUUUAUAAAAAAUUUUACGCGUUGCAAGACGCCGAAAGAUAUAUAAAACCUGAUAUUAAUGUUCCAAAUGAAGAAAAGAUAGAUAUAUAUACUGACGGCUAUUGCAAAAAUAACGGAAAGCCAAAUGCUAUAGCAAGCCUUGGUGUAUACUGGCCAAAUAAUGAAUAUACAAAUUUAUCUGAAAGACUACCCGGAUUUAAUCAAACAAAUAAUCGAGCAGAACUUUAUGCUGUUAUUCGCGCUCUUGAAACAUGUGAAAAGGAAAGUAAAUAUCUAGAAAUCAAUACUGACAGUAUGUACGUGAUCAAUUGCCGUGGAUCCGUAAACCCUAAAGUAAACGUCAACCUUGUAAAUUAUCUCAAUGAAUUAAUAAACGCUCGGAAUAAAAAGGUAAUUUUCAAUCAUGUAAAGGGACAUAGCGGAAUAGAUGGUAAUGAAAUGGCCGAUAAGUUAGCGUUACAAGGUGCCAGCAAACCACAUGUACCAAAAUUCGAGUUUAAAUUAUCGAUAAAUAAAAAUAUACAAGAAUAUUUAGACGACAAAGAUUAUGUAGACGACUCAAAAAACGCGACUAAAUCUUAUUUGUCAGAGUUUAACAACAUCCUACAAGUACUCGAAACUAAAAAUGACCAACUUGUAAUAAAAACGAGAAACAUAAAUAUAUACCACAUGUUAAAAAAUAACAUGAUACAAAAGUGGUUAAAUAAUAAUUGGUGUACGAAAAGGGAUGGUAAAAAACUCAAAGCUCCCAAAUACAUAUGUAUAAAGAUAAACGAUGUAAUAAAUACAACAACUAACCCUAUAGACCUUGUUUUUAUCGAUAAAAAUGAUACUAUCAAACAUCAGACUGUAUUAAAUAAAUAUUAA